AUGGAGCGGGUGAGCGAGGCCGCCGCCUGCGGCCCCUCGUCGGGCUGCUACACGUACCAGGUGAGCCGGCACAGCGCCGACGUGCUGCACAGCCUCAACCAGCAGCGCAAGAACGGCGGCCGCUUCUGCGACGUGCUCCUACGCGUGGGCGACGAGAGCUUCCCGGCGCACCGCGCCGUGCUGGCCGCUUGCAGCGAGUACUUCGAGUCGGUGUUCAGCGCGCAGCUSGGCGACGGGGCAGGUGGCGGCGGCGGCGGUGCGGAGGGGACUGCGGCGGAGGCGGCGGCCGGCGGGGCUGCGGCGGCGGCCGGCGGCGCCCCCGGGGGCGGGCGAGAGCUGGAGAUGCACACCAUCAGCUCCAAGGUGUUCGGAGACAUCCUGGACUUCGCCUAUACGUCGCGCAUCGUGGUGCGGCUGGAGAGCUUCCCGGAGCUCAUGACGGCCGCCAAGUUCCUGCUGAUGCGCUCUGUGAUUGACAUCUGCCAGGAGGUCAUCAAGCAGUCCAAUGUGCAGCUCCUCGUGCCCCCCACACGSCCUGACAUUAUGCUAUUCCGUCCGGGGGCUGCGGACCUCGGCUUCCCUCUUGACAUGACCAACGGUGCCACUUUGGCACCCAAUGGCAAUGGCAUUGCUGGCAUGCCYGAAGAUGAGGCCACGCGGGCUGCGCUCACCGCUGCGCAGUCCUCCCUACCUGUCCUGCAGGGUGUGGACCGCCUGCCCAUGGUGGCAGGACCUCUGUCCCCACCCCUGCUGGCUUCACCCUUCCAGAAUGUUGCUGCUAGUGCCCCCACUUUAAGCACCAAGAGGGGCAGAGGGCGUCCCCGUAAAGCUAAUCUCUUGGACUCCAUGAUGUUUGGUACCCCAGGGGGCCUGCGAGAGGCUGGUAUCCUGCCUUGUGGGCUCUGUGGAAAGGUGUUCACGGAUGCUAAUCGUCUUCGCCAGCAYGAGGCUCAACAUGGGGUGACAAGCUUACAGCUGGGCUACAUAGACAUYCCACCCCCACGACUGGGUGAAAAUGGUGUUCCUGGUCAGGAUGACCCCGAUGCACCCCGAAAAAGAAGCAGGACGAGGAAACAGGUGGCCUGUGAGAUCUGUGGCAAGAUUUUUCGGGACGUGUACCACCUGAAUCGGCACAAGUUGUCACACUCUGGCGAAAAGCCUUACUCUUGUCCAGUGUGUGGCUUGCGGUUCAAGCGAAAAGACAGGAUGUCCUAUCAUGUUCGAUCUCAUGAUGGCUCUGUGGGAAAGCCCUACAUCUGCCAGAGCUGUGGAAAAGGCUUUUCCAGGCCAGACCACUUGAAUGGACACAUCAAACAGGUGCAUACCUCAGAGAGACCUCACAAGUGUCAGCAGGAAAAUGGCAGCCACCAUGGAAUAAGCUCAGAGACAUCCACAUCCAUAGAAAAGUUGAAACUUCAAGAGACGUGUAAUGCUUCCUUUGCCACCCGUGACCGGCUGCGCUCCCACCUGGCAUGUCAUGAAGACAAAGUUCCAUGCCAAGUGUGUGGCAAGUACUUGCGAGCAGCAUAUAUGGCAGAUCACUUGAAGAAGCAUAGUGAAGGACCAAGCAAUUUCUGCACUAUCUGUAACCGAGGUUUCUCCUCUGCCUCCUACUUAAAGGUCCAUGUUAAAACCCACCACGGUGUUCCCCUUCCCCAGGUCUCCAGGCACCAGGAGUCCAUCCCGAAUGGGGGAGCAGCGUUCCACUGCRUCAGGACCUAUGGCAUCAAAGAAGGCCAGAAAUGUUCACAUUCGGACCCGAUUGAGAGUUCUGAUUCAUAUGGAGACCUCUCUGACACCAGUGACCUCAAGACUCCUGAGAAGCAGAGCACCAAUGGGUCCUUCUCGUGUGACCUGGCAGUCAGCAAAAACAAAAUGGAGACGGAAGGAGAGAAGAAGUACCCUUGCCCUGAAUGUGGCAGCUUUUUCAGAUCAAARUCUUAUCUGAACAAACACAUACAGAAAGUUCACGUCAGGGCCCUUGGUGGCCCAUUGGGGGACCUGGGUCCUGCUCUAGGAUCCCCCUUCUCACCCCAACAGAACAUGUCUCUUCUGGAGUCRUUUGGGUUUCAGAUCGUCCAGUCAGCAUUUGCAUCAUCCCUAGUGGAUCCAGAGGUCGACCAGCAACCAAUGGGGCCAGAGGGGAAAUGAGAUCAGUUUUGAUCUUAACAAAGCAAAGCAGCAGUCUGGCUAUAAUGAUAAGAUGCUGUGAAUGAAAGAGGAAAUAAUGAAAUUUGGUUCUAUAGCUGAGAAUUUUUCAUUCAUUUUAGCUUCCCUCUUUGUCUCAUGCCCUACCCCACCUUUAAACCUUCACUGGGGAGAGGGAGAAAAUGCUUCUUUAGCUGAUAAAUUACAGAAGAUGGUGGCCUUGAAUAGGAGACAUGACCCAAAACAAAUGGAGCUUUAGAGGCUGCUGCUGGUGGUUUUUUUUGUGUUCUUCUAGAAUAAUCAGAAAUUGCCAGCACUGGUCUGAGAAUGAAACAGUCCUAAUGACCGAGGCACCUGGGGAGCUGCAGCUACAGGGAGCUGUGAUUUUGUUCUCUCUCCAUUCCCCCACCCUCCCUAAACUCCCCCAGAAAAAUAGUAAGUUUUGAAAACAGACCCAUUAUUGAAUAUAAAGUUAAGUAAAAUGCCCCRUGGUUCCUAGCAGGUUACAAUGCAGUUGUCCUUUUAAAAAUAGAAAAAUUUAAAGAAGGUGAGAGAAUUUGAACCCCUUCUGCCUUUGUGAGGCUGUGAGUGCUGCAGCAGGACUGAACUGCUGAGAAAAAUCACCUUUCAGAACAGGUUGUUUUUAUUACUUUUGACCGUUAAACUUGCUGUCAGGUUUUUAAUUCUUUAUUAUUAUUAUUAUUUUAGGACCUGUUGUAGUGAAUUGCUACUGAAAAGCCAGUCUAAGGCGAUACACAGAGCACUCUUAAAGCAGCAGUCACAUUAGGGUUAGUAUUAAUUUCUUUUUUAGAUGUACCAUAAUUAAUAACUUGGCUAGUUGGUUGUUUUAAGUCUAUGAAAGAAAUAGUUUUUAUGAAAAAAAAAGAAAAAAAAAGAAAAAAAAAACAGGAAGGAAAAAUACCAUUACAGUCUGGUUGACUGGUGCUCAUUUUUCAUGUGGCGACCUAGGGGAUGAACAUGAUCAGCUAUCGGGUUAACACUAUGUACCACUGACUUGUUUAGUGUGAAUAAACCCAGGGGUUCACAGAGUGAUUUUGGUUUAAUUGGAUUGGACUCUAUUAAAGAAGUUAGUAUGUUACUUUGCAUCCCCUCGUUUUGUCUGGUUUUUGAGCAAUUUAGCCACCUGUUCAAAAGGUGUGCAAAUGAGAGCCAGUAAAUAAUAYGUGAAUCCCACUGUGCACUGUGCUGUAUUCUCAGUGAACUGGGCUUUUUGGCCACAGUUGUGCUCUCCUGAUCUGUCUCUAGUCAGGUUUGCAAAAGCCACUGUUACUCCUUUCUUUUYCAAAUGAGAAAGAUUUCUAGUAUAAGAGGUGGAAAUUGCAAACAGCGUAUCUUUGAAAAAUAAUUGAUUACAAAACACAAAGAAAUUGGGCUCUAGGCUGUUGGAGAUUGCAUUUAAUCUGAAAAUACCACUUGUGCAGAAAUUAUGUCCUUUCUUGACCCUCCCUUUCCUUCCAUGUAACUAUCAAAGUUUUUUGUACCAAACCCAGGUAUAAAUGUUGUUUAACACAGGGUUAGGAGUUAGGAAUACUCUGAGUUUUAAUUAUGGUUCUGCUGUUGAUGCUCAAGGUCACAUAGAACAGUUUCCUGAAUUUAUUYCUUAAUUUCAUAUCUGUGAAGAAUUUCCUCUACAUCACAAUUGUUGAGAGAAUUAUUGAGCGAAAGUUGAAGCAGUGACUUGGUAAACUGCUUUGUGUAUCAAGUGUUUCUAAAAAGGCCACGCUGARGAGCCCAAGUCCUGCACCAAAACUUGCAUCCCAUGAAACAAUAUCUGUCUCCAUCAUUAAUAUAGUGUUGGAGCAGAACAGACCCCCUUAGACCAAGUUCUCAUUUGCUGCAGGAGAUCUGUCUGUGUAAAUGUGCACAGAGCCACAAACUUGUACUACAGUCUGCAUUGCCCAGGUGCUCCUAAUCCAAAUCCUGCAGCUGAUGCUUAACUGAUACAAAAUACAUUCCCAUUUUGGUUUCAUGUUAGAAUUAGAGAGCCCUUUGUGAGUGUAUGUAUUUUGGAAUUACAUUCUAAAUUCUGUAGAGUUGAAGACCCAGAUUCCCUCAUGUAAGAAGCUACUUUUUGUACUUGCUCUCAACUAUUAUAAAUCAAGGAUGAAUAAUCAAUGGCUUUCUCUUUAUAGCACCAGCACUUUCUAAAUUGAGAGCAUGUUGCAGUGGACUUGAUGUUUUGCUAUUAAUCUGUGUUGGGAGACUGAAGGACAUGUUCUUCUCCAGUCRUCUCCUCCCWGAAUCCUGGAAUAGGUAUGAGCCUCAUUUAACAGGAAAAACCAGUGAAACAAACAAACUCCACCACUAAAGCUUCAUGGAAUUUCUCAUUUUGUACUGGUAAGAUUAGUGCACAGAUAAAAACAGUACACCUUAAAAAUGUGACAAAACAUUUUAAAAUACCUUACAGAUCAAGUGCUGAGGCAACCUUGUAAGCUGCCAAGCAAAUCAGGAGAGAGCAGGUUUUCCAGUCAGCAUAACAAUUUGUUGGGAUUAGCAAAUGCAGCUGCAGUCACUGAUUCACUAAUAGCUCAUAAUCAAUCCACAAGGGAAAACUCUCUUGAACUGAGGCUGUAUGUUGAAAGAUAGAAUUUUGUGUCCUCAGUGUUAGAAUACGUACUCAAAGAAGUUGCAGUAGUCAUAAAAUUUAAUUCCAAAWGCUAAAUCCAGAGUAUAGGAUACUUUCACCCUAGAUUUACCUACCCUGACUUUAGUGUUACAAAUGGGUUGAAUUUUGGCUCUAUCAAUCAGAAUUUGAUUUUGAAUGCUAGAGAAUUUGACCUGGUGAAACAAAAAGAAGCCUUGAACUAAAAAUGAAGCCUUCUAAAACACUAACUGUGCAUUCUSCUUGUCAAAGAAAAUGCUUACUAAGUUGUCAUGAAUACAUUGAAUGAAAACUACUUACUUCUYAGUCUAGUGGAUAGGGAAACAAUUAGGCAGGGGGUUAACAAUCCUGAAAUGACAGUUCUAGAUCAUCGCAGUGUAAAUGGGAGAGAUUUGUACCAACAUAGGAGGCUGGUGAAGGCUAGUGCCAGUGGGAAGUUGGGCAGAUCUUUAGCUGUGGUGUGUUUUCAGUGCUUUUUGCUUCUUUGGGGGCAUACUGUUCCAUUCUGGACAGUAAUUUAAUUACAUGCAAAUUCUUUCUUAUUCUGUACUUUGGGAAAUGCCUGUUUCUCGUAAAACAUGAGACAGAUCCAAACAGAAAACUCAGCCUCACAAGUUCAGAGUUCAAAGGGAAGUACGUAACAUGCCCUGAGCUGCAGCUUKUUGCUAUUACAUUUUAUUUUUAAUUGGCAUAUAAGUGUAUAGAUGAUAGUUCUGAUUAUGGGCCACCCUCCUUUCCUUGCCUUCUCCUUUGGAGGGCCUGUAAGCCAACGUGUGAGUCGGUGCAUAUGUCAAGAAGGAAACUUCAGUUCAUGCAAAUUUAUAUAAUCAGACUUGUAGUAUUUGUUUACAUUAUAGGAGUCCAUAACCUCUCAUCUGAGGCUCAGAGCCUUGUGUAUUAGGUAUGAUGAAAACAUCUUCAGUCAUUCAUGAUCUAAAUACUAAAGACAGACAAGAAAGGAAUAGAUGCUUAUAAGAGAAUGAGUGAAAGAUAAAGGACUAAAAACCACUUGCAUGCAUGCUUAARUGUUGUGUUAAAUGUGAGGACACAGACUUCUCAGGCUUCUUUUGUUGCCUGAAUUUAUCUUUAUAAAUGUUAAUCCACAGCAAAUGCAAGAUAAAGCAAUUUAAUGUGAAUUUAUUCCACACUGAGUCAAAGUAGGUGACAUGACCUUGCAUGUCAUGUCUUAAAUGUGUGCAAACAAUGUAGCUCACCUGACACAUGGUAAUAUACCUGUGAGCUCUCAAUCCUAAGUGAUUUGCCCACGAUGAUGUGGGAAAUUGAUAGCAGAACCAGAAAUUGAACACAGAUUUUUCCUUCUCUCAAUCCAGUGCCUUAAUUAUAGUAGGGCAAAGUAUUAUAUGUUGGGGGGGGGGAUGAAUUUUUUGUUUUUUAAAGCCUAGAACUAUUAAGAUGGUGUGGAGUUGGUCUUCCUACCAAUCUUUUGAAUAAUUGUAAAUGCCCAGUCACAAUUUUAGACCUGUUUGAGUGCCAGUGACUUAGGGAAUAUUUGUUAUUUCCCAUGUAUUCCCUGAAAUUAUUGUUCCUCCCUCAACUGCUGCCAGCAGUAAGGAAUGACUUGAAUAGAAGAGCUGUGUAACUGAAUGUCUAUCUAACUCAACUAAUUGAAUUGCUAGUAUGAAAGCUAACCUAGAUUUUGUAGGCUCUGUCGUAACUUUAGUGUCUUGUUUUUUCACUAAAUCUUUGUUCCUAGAAUUCAGUAUCUAAACUUAUGUCUUGAGUCGGGAGUGGGGUACCACUUUCAGCUUUAAUUUUUUUUAAGGUGCUUGCUUGAGGAAGUAGAUGCCAAAGUAAACUUCAAAGGAACUCCAGACUUCAGUGUUGGAAGAAUGAAUGGAGAGCAAGAGCUCUCCUUGGGUUUCAUGAGAGAUAAAUGGACAAAGUUAAAAACAGCCACCAAAACUUUCAGUAAUGAAACAGGGAAGGCUUUUCUUUAUCACCCACAAAAAUAAUAAGAUAUUUUGAAUUGUCGGAGUGGCAGAAACUCCGAGAGCAAGUGCCAAACAACACCGUGGAAUGUGCUGGCUUUUUCAUCAUUAUGAUUAUACCUUAACAGCAUUGUCAAUAGCCAAAUGUAAAUUAAGCCAGUUUAGUACUGUCCACCUUUUUCUUGGGCACAACACCUGAGUUUUAUUUGAACAGAACAUAAGCUCAGAGUGAAUYUGUGAGCCUAUGCUCUCAGUUCCACCCUAAGAGACAAAACAAAUGAGCAAAGAGGGAAAAAAAAACACUACGAGAGCUUAAAAAGGAAAACAGAUUCUGAAAGAUUCCAGUGUCUCCUGAAAGAGCCACUUUUUUUUAAUCUUGAACAUCCUUUUCAAAACAAGAUCCUUCAGCUGUUGUGAAUGAGCCCUUGGGAAAAGAUUUGGCUUCSAGCCCAAUGUGCUGCAGCUCCCUGUCCCUGUGAGAAGGCAGCAUGUUCCAGAGCACUGAGCCUGGGACCAGUGAGAGGAGGGAGGAGGGCAGGCAAUGCUCCUGGGCUGCAGCCACAGGGACUGCUACAGUCAGCACCAACACUGGCACAGUGYUGUCUGCCUGCUCCCUUGACCCUCACCCUCCACACCUCCCUGUGCCAGUGUGGUACCUGCUUGGCUGUGUGCAGCUCUCCUAAUAACUCUGUUGGCUAGAAAACAAAGCAAGGACCUAUUUGGCUAAAAAGAAAAGAAAAAGCACCACUUAAAAAUAGUKCUGUGACAUCAUGGUGGAGUGAUGCAGACCAGGAGCAGGAGCCUUGGCUGUGAGUGGUUGUGGUGAUGAUUGGAAUGGUUAUGGCAUGUCAGUGAAAAACCACAGCUGUGUGCUGUGGUGGCUGGCAGUGAGGGUCGUUUGCCAAGAAUUAACACCCUGUGUCAUCUCUAGCCUCUUCCUGUGUUSUGUUCAUGUCUGUAAAAUGAGAUGAUGAUAACCCUUGGGUAAAAAUGUGCCAAUAUUUAAAUGACAUGCCAAAUUGUGCUGCACAGUUAUGCUGCUGAACUCUGUCACAAAUGUUUGGCCUCACUUCAGGUGUAAUACAAAGUUAAACAAACAUWUGUUCACAUUUUUCCUGAAAGGUGUGAUAUUUAAAUGUAUUUAAAGACUGCCUGGCACUAUUGAUCCACUCUCAGGGUUUAUGUGAAUGAAGCUUUUCCUGGGUGGCCUCCAUACUUAUAYUGCAAUUUUGGAGACCUGGAAGUGMUCUGAGCYGAGAUGUGCUGAAGGAMGGAGGUAACUGGAGUCUCACUGGUGUUCCAGURAUUCCCUCCCAGCUCCUGUGUUCCAUAUGGACCAUGGAGUCACUUCAUGCAGCCACUAGCAGCCAUAAAUUCUCUUGAGCAUCCUGCAGUCACAUAGUGACCUUGGGUAAGUGAUUUUAUAAUAAAUCAAUCUCAUGCUUGCUAAUACCUUUUUGGCUGCUGUGUCUACAAACUGGUGCCUUCUCCAGGCAAAUUUUACAUGCCCUCUGSAAAGUUGUCAGACUGACUGCUGGCUCUUAAGGAAUCAACCAAGCCUUGCUCUUGGGCUCAGAAUUUUUCUUCGGUACUGUUGUAAUCUGAAAGUUUGCUGCAAUUAGUGCAAAUACCAGAGUAAGAGAAAAUAAAAGGCUGUUCUUAGAUGUCCUGUAGAGUGAACAACUGAAACAUGAGUGUGGGAUGAGCCAGGAAAACUGGCRUUUUUCCCUGGCUGCACGCCAUAUGGAAGAGACAGUGCCUUGGAAGGGAAGGAGCAGAAAAGUUUGCCRUUGGCUCUGAUGAAUCCCAAUCCUGCUUCUACUGAAGUUGUUGGGAAUCCUCCCAUUGUCUUCAGUGUGAGCAAGAAAGGAUCUUAGGUGAGGAUGGAURACUCUUUCCCUACUUGAAUGAAGUCUCUUACCUAUUUAUAGGCCUGCUUCUAUUGAAACCGAGCCUGUUUUAGCCUUUUUGGGUUCUUAGGGACCUGUUUGUAUAAAGCAACUUACCUACCUAUCUUUUUUUUUCUAUUGUGUGUAUUUUUUGUAUGUUCUGUUGGAAGGUGAAGCCUCUGUAGAAGGGGAUACAAAACCUGAUUUUUAAAUAGUAAUAAACCAAAAGAGAAUUAAACUCUGCAGGCUGCAUGCAUUCAUUUCCUGGAGAUGGAGAGUAGAGACCGUGAGUGCACAGAGAGAUGGCCUGGACUUCUCGUAUCUYGAAAUCUUCCCCUUUUCAGAGACAGUUCUGCCUUUGCACAUCUCCACAGCUCUAUGUGAGAAUUCAUAGUGUGGUGGGCAGGUUGCAACACGGUGUAUCAGGACAGCCUUAUUUUGACUAGGAAACCCUUUCUCUGGCACUGUGCGCUGAGAUUUCUUGUUUUAGCAUAAAUGGGUUGAGUAACAAGUAUCUGUGAAAUUUGGUAUUGUUCUGAUUGAAUGGCUGUGAAAUAAAACUGAGAUCAUAUAAAUAGAUUUUUGCUUCUGGCCUGCCUACCUCAGGUGCUGGGGCAUUGGUCAAAUGCACAGUGUUUUAACUCUACACCCAUAUAUUCUAAAGAAAUAAGUGCAAGUAUUAGGUGAAACUUUACUAAGCCUUUAAAAAG